GGGACACAAACAAUGGUCUUCUAACCCAAAGUAGACUCUCAUGCACUUUAGUCUACGUCACAUGACAUAACGGUCCAUUAAUGUUGCGGGAAGGGUUUAAAUUGGUGUUAACUGCCAUCAAAAAGUGUCCCAAGGGGAUCUCCUUGUGUCUAUCAAUGAUAGACGAUCAUCAACGAUCAUCGAGGGGCACUGAACAACUUUCGAUAUUUUAAGACUUCGGAGUGAGAGUUGUGUCACAAGAGUUAAAAGAUACCCCAGCAGUCAUCUAUCAGUUUCUCAGAAUGCUGUAUUAGCGACACAUAAGCUCCAAGGUCGUAGGUUGUUAGUAGUUGCCUGCUCACAAAGUGGCGGUUGUAACACUGACAGUUAAUAUGGGAUCAAACUUUACCUACGUAGGGCCGACUUCUGUUAUUGAUUUCUAUCCUUUUAGAACAACAAAAUAUGAGGCAACAGUUCUUUUCUUUGACCCCUUUCGGCAGAAGAAAAAAAAUACCGUUCUCACACUCCUAACUUUGUGUGGUCACACUGACAUCAUUGCACAGUGUGUAUUAAUAAAUACACUAGCCUACAAGUUGCAACACACACACUGAGAGCGUGACCUGUGUCACAUUGAGUGUGUGGGAUUGCAUCGUGCCUCUCCAUAUGAUUUUGUGUCAUUUACACAACAGUUGUCUUGACAUUUCCCACGUGGGACCUCGUAGGCAACCCACAAAUACCAACAUGACAGUGACUGUUCAGAGAAGUUCCUCUUUUAAUCCUCAAAAUCCUCCAACACUUCCCAAUCCUGCUUUUCCUUCAACUCAGAGUAUCAUAUAUACCGUGAGAAUGAGGUUUAUCUCAGAAAAUGUUAUUCUUCCUGUCAGAAACCGAACAGGAUCUCUCAGACAGGCUUUACGAUCUGUCCUGCUUUAUCUAUGGGAUGUAUACUCUGCACCUGCACCUGCCGGCAGAGACGUCCCAACUCUACUGGCUCUCUGUUUUAUACUCGUCGUCGUCACCGGCGGCCUGCUUUAUCACUGGCUGUCAAAUACUUUGAAAUACAACCGUGAAGCGUCCAUUCAGACCGCCUGCAUCUAUAGUGCGGCCAUGUUUCUGGCCUCGUUCCUGUGUCACCCUCUGCGCUGUGUGCUGACCAUGACUCUGCCCACCGUCUGCACCAAGCAGGGACGCAAACUCCUCAUCACAGCCUCUGUCAUGAUUCUCCUUCUGAACGUCAUCCCUAAUAUCACGGUGAACGUAGGCGCGGUCGCUCGCAUCUUACAGUGCACCGCUGAGGGAUUCACAAAGACUUUGUUAAACUCGUCUGAACCUUUGAAUCAAGCCAAGCGAGACCUCAUCGAGGAGGCCAUCAAAGUGAAGAGGGAAGACUUGAGCAUCGUCACCAACUUGAGGAAGUUAGAUCAUUUCACACAUGUUGAUGUGUCAGAAGUCAGAAGCAGGUUUACUAAGAUGAUUGCGCAGAUAGAGGUCAACUUCUCACAUGCCAGGAACCUGAUAAAUGAAUGCAAACUGCUGUCCAACCGGAUUCUCGCCGCCAUUUUUGUGGCAAUACUAAUCUUUGAAUCUGCCCGCUACUUAAAAUCCUAUCUGGCAUCCGUAAAGUUUGAUAAUGGCUACAUCUCCAAAGAGCUCCCGCAAAGAGCGAAAAAGAAAACGUAUCCCAAAAGCUGCAAGAUAACAAGACAGGAAUGCACCUCCUGUUUCAUAUCACUGGUUGUGGUGACAUUGUAUUUCUUUGCAAUAACUUUAAUAGUCGCUUUGGAUUAUGUCGUGUAUCACAUAGUUCAGGCGAUUGUACCGUGGGUACUGGAUUUUCCGCAGACAUCUGCCAGCAUAAGUGUCAGUUAUAAGGUGCACUGGUUCCUUUCUGCCUUUUGUAUCAUCCCACGAUCCUGUGUCACUCGGGAGCUCACAAACUUCCACAGGGAUUACAAGUGGACUUUCAACCCCGAGCCGUCGCUCUGCGAGGCGACAGCUUCAGCUCCGAACCCGGGAGUCACACUGCUGCUGGGAUGUCUCUGGGUGACGAGCUACUCGUUGGUGUUCCUCAAGGUUUACGCCAGACGGCUGCGCAGGAAAAUCUCUGCGUCCUUUUUCAGAGAGCAAGAGGAGAGAAGAAUGGCUUACUUGAUGAAGAAAGUACGAGCGAAGCAGAGUAGAACAAAGCAAGUAGAGCAUAUUUCUGUUGAGCUUGGCCUUGGGUGAAUGUUUAAUGGACAAUGCAACUCUUGGCAAAUGUUUCUGAGGAUGUUUUCAGCCAUGAUAGGAUGGCAAUGUCUGUGUGUGUUGGUCCACUUUGAGAUUACCACAAUUAUUAUAAUUCUGAUAUUAUUAUAUUAUAUAACGGCGACGGUUCUAAACCAUUUCAAAUGUGAAUGCCACAUGUGAUUUUAGGGGUACGAAAUAUAUUAAGCGCAACUAUUGCGUACCUCUGGAGGUAAAGCGGCCGUCCACUAAGCGGGAAGUCGGGGGUUUGAUCCCUGGCCCCUGCAGUUCUACAUGUUGAACUUUCCUUGGGCAAGAAACUGAAUCCCACAUUGUUUGUGAGUUUGCUGUGAAUGUGUAUCGCUCCUGAGGAAAAGGUGGCAUUUUGUAUGAUAACCUCUUCACCAGUGAGUGAAUGGAUGAAUGCUGGCUUGUGUUAUAAAGCACGUUGAAUGGUCGCUAAGACUAGAAAAGCUAAAAAAUAAUGCAAUCCAUUUACCACAUUUUGUGUCCGCUAUACAUAAACUAAAGAGAGGAUCCAUUCCACCUUUUCCUGUGCAGGCAUGUCAUCACUUGACACACUAAAAGCUGAAGUGUUUGUAAUGGAUGUAUCACCUCAUCUGCUCAGGUUGUUGUUUUUUAAAUAAAUGUUGC